AAAAAUAUAUUGUAUUUAAAGGCUGACAGUCCGAUUUAAACAACCAAUGUAAUUUCUAGAAGCCAAACCAAAAAAAGAAAAAAAAGAAAAAAGUUUUGGUUCAGAUGCAGCCAGAACGGUCUGUUCGUGGUUGGUUGGAUGUUCAAAAAGGAAUAUAUUUAGGCUACUUGUAUUUUAAACGCAAGAAUGAUGCUUUCAGGAGGCAAAAUCAAAAGCAGAUGUCUUUUGAAAGAUGAUUAAUCCUCCAAAAAUGACAAUGAAACAGCAAGUGUGGUAAAAAACCGCAUUGAUUGCAUUACAAUGUGUGCAGCUGCAGCAUGUGAAGCAGUCAGUGGUCUUCAUCUGAGCUCCAGUCUGGCUGAACUCUGAGGGCUGGAGAGCUGGAAGAAAAGUUGCUCCGCAGACUGACUCUCAGCGCAUCUGUCAAGCACCCAAUGGCAAGCCAAAUAACCCAUGGGAAAUAAAUGGUGAGGUUUGAUACGUCUUUGUUAAGGGCAAAUAUUUGGACGGCGACGUCGCAAAGAUGGUGCGUGAAGUUUAUGGCAGUCUGCGGAAAGCAGAAUACUUCGAAGGGCUUCUUCUGCUUGCGGUGGCGGGGUUUGGGCUCUUGAUGCAUGAAGUCACGGCUUUGCCUGCCUGGAGAUUUGAGGAAGAAGCUCUCAUGUCUGGUGUUUUAAUCAUUGGGAUUCAUAAAGACGCCCGCUCCCAUGUGCUUCACCUUUCCAGAAAUAAACGCUACACGCUCACUCCAGAGAAACUUAAGUGGGACAAAUUCAAGCUGACCUACAAACUGCUGUCAUUUCCUAGGAAUCUUUUGAAUGCCAGUGACACGAGGAGAGGGAUGUCCAAGGCCUUCUCCAUGUGGAGCGAUGUCUCGCCCUUCAGUUUUCGUGAGGUCCCUUCCGAUCAAGAGGCUGACAUCAAAAUCGGUUUCUACUCCGUAAACCACACCGACUGUCUGCAGUCCUACCUACACCACUGUUUCGAUGGCAUCACCGGUGAACUGGCCCACGCCUUCUUCCCUCAAACCGGAGAGAUCCACUUUGAUGAUGAUGAGUAUUGGAUUCUGGGAAACAUGCGCUUCAGCUGGAAUAAAGGAGUGUGGCUGACAGAUCUAGUUCACGUGGCGGCUCAUGAGAUCGGUCAUGUACUGGGAUUGAUGCAUUCCCAGAAUCCCAAGGCUUUAAUGCACCUCAAUGCCACACUGACGGGCCGCAAACUAAUUACUCAAGAUGAGGUCUGGGGCUUACAUCGACUCUAUGGAUGUUUGGAUCGAUUAUUUAUCUGUCCUGCUUGGGCUAGGAAGGGUUAUUGUGACAGCAAGAGGAGGCUCAUGCAGAAACACUGUCCUUCCAGCUGUGACUUCUGUUACGAAUUCCCAUUUCCCACUGCCCCGCCAACUGCAACCCCCCCACGGACAAAACACAAGUUUGUUGUGGAGGGAAAGAACCUCACCUUCCGCUGUGGUAAGAAGAUAGCGGCCAAGAAAGGCAAAAUCUACUGGUAUAAAGACGGCGAGCUUCUGGAGUUCUCUCAUCCCGGCUACAUCUCCCUGAAAGAUGACCACAUCACAAUUGUGGCGAAUGCCAUCAAUGAGGGCACAUACACCUGCAUAGUGAGGAAGAAGAACAAGGUGCUGACCACGUACUCUUGGAGGGUACGAGUGCGCUUCUGAGGACCGGAGAUACUCUUAGAGCACAAAUUAUAGCCAAAACCAGAUCCAGACCAGCGUCCUCUCAUCCUUGUCACCUGACUGGAAGAGAAGGUUCUGACAUCACUCGUCAGAAACAACGGGAUCAGGGUUAAAGUUCACCACAGUACAGUGGAACGUCACUCACUCGGGCACAUAUUCAUGUCAGUUCAUAUUGCCAAAAAUUUCAAUAUCAGGGUUUUUACAUGUUGUAAAUACAUUUCUUAUUUUGCCAAAUAAAACAAUUUAUUCUGUCA